CAUUUUUUUUUCUCUUUCCUUUAGUACAUUUAUUUUGCCCAAUUUUCCUGAUUUAUAUUCAUUUUUCUCGGUUAUGCUUCUUCAUUUCUAUCGUCGGUGAAUUAUUUUAUUCAAUUAAUAAUUCUAAUUCAAUAAAUUAAUCCAUCAUUUCCUACAAUUUGGUUUCUGUAUUCCCCGAAUCUCACUCCAAUCGUAGAUAUUUCACUGCUGUUUCAGGAAUAUUCAAUUCAUUAAUUGGAUGGAAACAUUUUUGUAUUAGUUUGCUUGAUUUCUGAGAUAAAUUAAUGAAGAACAAAUGAUAUUCGGUGAAGAAGAAAUCAACAAGAGUAGUAGGUGUGUUUGGAUCAGGUGAUGGAAUUUGGUAGGAGGAGAGAGAAUGUAAAUGCAAAUGGAUAUGGUUUUUUUGUGCAUGAAUAUGGUAAUGGUAAUGGUAAUGGUAAGGGUAAUUACAACGGUAACGGUUUGAUUAACUCUAAAAAUGGGUUUGAAGAUGUUGGACCUAUAUUAGAAUCUUUUUCAUCAACAUUGUUUCCAUUUUCUUCUUCAUCAUCGGCGACUACUUUGUCGACGCCAUCAUCGUCGUCUGCUUCACCUUCGCGUUUUAUUGAGCAUCAUGUAACUAAAAUGGAUACUCUUGCUGGUAUUGCUAUUCGAUACGGUGUUGAGGUUGCUGACAUCAAGAAGUUGAAUGGUUUGGUAACGGAUCUCCAAAUGUUUGCCCUAAAGACACUACAUAUUCCACUUCCUGGAAGGCAUCCUCCUUCAACUUGCGUAUUGAAUGGGUAUAGCAGCUCAGGACCAAGCAACUCUGAGCGGACUAUAAUUCGUCGUGCGCACACGGAGAUCCUUGAAUCAUUUCAAUCUUCAAAAAUUACGCCACAACGUAUAUCACCUGCAAUGAGUUCUUUACGAGGCUACUAUGGACUUGGUGAACAGAAAAAUGUUUCUGAAGGUUUUGAAAUGGUGCUUUACAACAGAAGAACUACCAGUUACAGCGAAGAAGGAUAUUCUACACCUUCACUGAUAAAUGCAUCUCUUAGUCAACACCGGAGGUCCAGAAGUGUUGCUAAUGGCGUUAAGAUACAAGAUGGUGAACUGGAUAAUGAUGUGGAUGGUGCUGCUAAGUGGAUUCAUAACCUAAACAAGAGACGUCAGAAAUCAGAAUCUGAUUUCUCUCGCACUCUGGAAAAAGUUUUGAAGGAAGAGAAUGGGAGUGGUAGUUGGUUUUCUGCAAUCACAGGAAAAGGUUUAGCUUUGAGAACUAAAGCAUCAAGUAAAACCAAUUCGGCUUCUGAAGUUGAAGCUGGUGGAACUUACGGGUUUCCUUUCAGUUUGAGAGAUUCUACCCCAGCUGAAAAUACAUGUGGAGUAAGGAAGUCCUCUAGCACAUCAAGUUUGCUGGAUCAAGAAGGCAAUAAUAACACUUCAUCAAUAUGGUCAGCAGCAAAAUGGUCGUUGACGCCAGAUCUGCAAGCUGCUCUUGCAAAGCCUAUUUUUGAGGGCUUACCAAAGCCAAUUACUGGUCGAAAAUCUAAAGCGGCUUUAGACUAGAUGCUGAGCCAAUAUUGUAUGCAAGGGUUUCUACUUCUUGUUCCAAAUGGAAAAGACUAUAUAGAAAUAUUCAUCUACAAGAAGAAUGAAAGAAAUUGAAGCCUAUCAUGUGUUUUGCCCUGGGUGCCGGGUGGUGGUCGCGCAAGCUGCAAGCCAAGUGCAUGAAAUGUUUAUAUAAUGAAACCUUGAAGGAUACCUUAUGACACAAUUAAGUAUUUUUUUGAUGGAAGUUCUUAUUGAAAUGCAGUUCACAGAAAUUUGUAUAUUAAAGUCUCGGAUUUCACUUUGAUUAGAAAUAUACUUGAUUAUUAGUUAACAUGAAAUUUUUUUUGUUUAUUUCAUUGUAUUAUUUGUUUACAUCAGGAAAAUUUUGAACUUUAGAUCAAGUAGAAGCAGAUUAUAUGUGAAAGA